CUCUUUUUGUAAUGUAAGAUAACUAUUUUUUGAGAUGAUAAUUUAUGUUUUGAACUCUACACAUGUUAGGUAAACUUAUUGUCAAUAAAAAACUGGUGGAUCAAAUAAACUUGACCAGUAAUAGGGAAUGAAGUUCCCCAAGAAUAGUUUGGGCAUUUUCUUAAUCAAAUAAGACCUAUUUAGUGAGAAUGAAGAUCAUAGUAUAUAAAAGUUAAACAUAAGUUUUUUGUCCUUUUCAGACCUGUCAGGAGUGACGACAGUCAAAAUGGGAGCGUUUGCUUUCAAGGCCACUCAAUUCUUUGAACCUCUCGGUAAAAGGUCCUCCUUCAGGAAACCUGCCAGUGUUGGUGCAGAAAGGUCACCAUCUGUUGAGAGGGUUAGGCAGUUAUCUUGCUCUCAAACGUCCCUGAGUGAAGUGUCAGAAAAAACAAGUACAAUCAUCCCGGAAACCUAUAUUGAAGAGUCUGUUUUUGAAUCUCCUGUGGAGAUGAAAAAACAAAUUAAACAUCAGGGUUAUGUCGAUGUAUACAGUAGUUUUAACAAGCGUAAAUGGGGAAAACGUUGGUGUCUUGUACAUGAGAACAAUUUUGAAUGUUAUCGGACACAAACGAGUGAAGUUUGCGAGUUGGAAUUUCUUCUCAGGAAUUGUAUAUUAAAGCGAGCCAUCAAGGAAACAAAAAGCGAGCUUGGUCUAAUGAUCCUGGAAAAUAAUAGGGAGAAAAUAACAAUAGAGCCAAUUAAUUGGACGGAGCUUGGUUCCUGGCUUCGAGUUCUGAUGCAGGAAACUAGUACACAGAAAACACCUGAAGGAUUGGAGGGCUAUAUGGAUGAUACGCAUCCUUAUCAUGAAGCUGUUGAGAUAACUCGAGUACCUGAUCCUAUCAAUAGAUCUUCUUAUUUAUCUGUUAAACCAAGUGGACAAUCAUCAGCAUCAUUGCCUGAUGAACAGACAAGAUCAGACGGUCAUGAGAACCGUGAUUGUGGAAUAUGUUCCUCAGAAUCAACUGAAGACAGAUUUAACUCAUUAGAUAGAAACAGAAACUCUCCAAAAGUACAUCCUUGUUUCACAGAUUCUAGUCUUCCACGAGUUAGUGUGUGUGAAACUGGUGCUAUUUAUACUCAGGUGAAAAGACCCAGUGUAACUGGAUCUUCAUUAUCACCAACAACAGGAAGCGUGAGUAAUUGCAGCAAGUCUAAUGAAAACUGUAGAAAAAGUGAUGACGCAAAUAGAUAUAGAGAUGAUGAUAAUUUAUUCUUUGACUUUGAAAUUGAUACAUUUGGAAUUUCCUCUAAUAAAAGGGGCAGCAGUUUAGUAGAUGAGAUAAUGUCGGAAUUGAAGAUUCAGCACAAUACUGGUAAAACAUCUACUGAAACUGGUGAACACAAAAUUUCUGAACUAACCAGUAAUAAUCCAGAGUCAUUGACUAUAACUAAAAGAAAAUCAGUGGAGUUCAGUCCUAUACAGAAUGAUAUAAGUCCAAUUAAAUCCGAACAUGAAACAACUAUGGGAAAAGAAUCUGACUUUCUUUGCUCAAGUUUUGAUGAAAAUGACAAUGAACAAGUAACAAGUGAUUCAAAAUGUGAUAAUAAUGAAGAGUCAAAUUUAGUAAUUGAUGGUUAAACAUGCUCAGUUGGAAAAAUGACGUCAGUAAAGAGGCAUCCUUCAAACGUGUCGGCUAAAAUAGAUGUCACAGAAACUUUAGCAGAGCUGAGAACAAGACUUGUGCAGCU